AUGGUUUCUGCUGUACUUUCUUGAUGGUUUCACGAUAUUAUGGGAUUGCGUUUCUUUUGUUCUAUUUUUGCGUGACUGCAUAGAUUCACGUUCUGCAUGAUACUCUGCAAUAUUGAGCAGAAGGUUGGGAGGGAAAAGUUCCGUAUGACAAUACAGGAAUAUUCACGUUACUUAUUACUUUACCUGUAUCUCUACCUUAAUUGUAGUUUGAGUAGCCAUUCCAUCAAACGUAGACCAAACAAUUCCAUGCCUUGUCUUUCACGCCAUGAUGAAUGAACUCAUCCUCUUGAAAGGCUCUACACCAUCAACAAAUCCCUU